AGUUUUGUUCCUUCUGGCGAUGUGUUUGUCCUCAACCCAGGCGGACUACUGGAUGAACCGAGCUGCUAUGCUGAAGAAAGAUGCACAUCUUGCAAUGGGGGCAUCCCUGAAACUGAAUGAGAAAGAGAGAGAAGUGAACGAGCUGUUGAAGACGUACAAGUACCAAGAAUACGACACUGGAUUCGCUCAUCCUGAAAAUUUUCUGGCUGCCCAGCACUUUUUCCAAGCAAAAGAAGGCAUUGAGCAGUCCAAAGUAUUCAACUUGAUCAAAAAACUACCCAAGGGAGCUUCGUUGCAUUCUCACGACUUGGCGCUGGUGUCAAACGAGUUUCUCUUCAAUCUGACCUACAGAGACAACCUGUACGCUUGCUUAUCAGACGAAAAAUUAAAACUACACUUCUUCGACAACAAAAACAUCGGCGUAGAUUGCAACUGGACUCGGGUCAACGAGCUGAGGAGGCUGGACCCCAACUUCAACAACUACCUGCGAUCUAAACUCAGUCUUGUGAGGGACGAUCCUGCAAAGUCCUAUCCUGACUUGAACACUGUCUGGCAAUCUUUCAUGGAUAUCGUCGGGGCCAUCGAGAACCUGGUGGCGUUCAAACCCGUCUGGCAGGAAUACUUCUACCAGGUGCUCAAGGAACUUUAUGAGGAUAACGUUAUGUAUUUGGAAUUUCGCGCGUAUCUCCCGAAGGUGUACGAUUUGAACGGUAGGAUUUAUGAUGCUGUGGAGGUAGUGGGGCUGUACUACGAUACUAUGAAGAAGUUUCAAGAGGAUUAUCCGGAUUUUCUUGGGGCUAAGAUGAUAUACGCGCCAAAGAGACGGGUGAACAAUAAUACUCUGGCUAGUUAUGUUUAUACGUUCAGGAAACUGAAGAGGAAGUAUGCGGAUUUUGUAGCUGGAUUCGACUUGGUGGGGCAGGAGGAUAAGGGUAAGCUUUGCAGUUGGAGUCGACAAGAAAUGAAGCUCAAAUACGGAGCGACUUUCUUCUUUCACGCUGGCGGGACCAACUGGUACGGGGAAUCCACUGAUUUCAACCUUUUCGACGCCAUUUCACUGAACACCACCAGAAUACGCCACGGUUACGCUCUACUGAAACAUCCUCUUGCCAUGAAAAUGAUCAAAGAGAAAAACAUAGCUGUGGAGAUAUGCCCCAUUUCCAACCAAGUUCUGAAGCUGAUAGAUGACAUCAGGAACCACCCCGGAGCGAUACUCAUAGCAAACAAUUUCCCUGUGGUGGUGGCUUCGGAUGACCCUUCGGUCUGGGGGGCAAAAGGUCUGAGCUAUGACUGGUACUAUGCCUUCAUGGGAAUGACCAGCAGGGAGAGCGAUCUGAGGUUUCUGCAACAACUGGCCAAGAAUUCGAUAGAGUUCAGUACAUUUGAUGAAGAGGUUUAUGUUUCUGAUAUGGAACAAAAUGUGGCAGUAUUUGUUCAUUAA